AUGCUCGCUAUUGCCGAUAUAGCGACAGGAACUGGAAUCUGGCUGAAGGAUGUCUCGCGGGAGCUGGGAACAACAGCUACCCAGUGUUACUAUCACGGAUUUGAUAUCUCACCAGACCAAUUUCCCAAAAAUCCGGGAAACAUCGAUUUCUCCGUUCAUGAUAUAACGAAGCCGUUUCCUGAGGAACAUCGGAACCGGUAUGACCUGGUUCACGUGCGACUAUUGGUUGCUGCUAUCGAAGAAUCUGAAUACAAAGUUGCAAUCUCCAAUAUCUAUGCCAUCUUGAAGCCCGGCGGAUUUCUUCAGUGGGAGGAGGUAGAUGAAGAAACAUAUACAUCGAACGACAACCCCGUUAUUUGGGAGAUUCGAAGAUGUUUCGAACUUUCAUACAAAGCCGAGGGUAAAUGUUUCCAAGCUUCGGCAAAGGUUCACGAUGAAUGCAUAGCUGCCGGUUUUUUGGAUGUUGAGCGGUCAGUUUAUAGCUCAGACAGGGAUGAUAGUCUCCGUCUUGACACAGAGCGAGGACUUGCCACGCUUAUUGAAACAUUAUAUGCAAGCCUUCUGCUGCGAUCUGGGCAGGUCGAUUCUGAAGAGGCGGCGAUAAGGCAGGCCGAAAAAUUAAUCAAGCAGCACUGGCAGCUGUGUGAUAAUGGGAAUUCCCCACCGCUGAAGUUGAUGAGGGUUGUUGGCCAGAAGCAACUGCGUGGCUCAUCUCUAUAG